AUGAAAACCAUUGGAAAAUUAAUUUAUGAACAAUUGAAAAAAAAAUACGACAAUGUAAAGAAUAAUAGAAAAUAAACUAGGUUUCAUUAUUAAGUAUUGAUUGUUUAAAUUAGAUUAGAUUGAAAUUGAUUGUGGUGAAGUUGUUAAUAUUAAAGGAGUGAAACAAUAUGAAUUAAGUAAUAGGAUUAAUACAGGGUAUUUCGAUUUAAAAACUUUGCUUUUCUUUUUAUUUUUUAAAUAGUUUGAUAGAAUAGGUGUCUUAAUCUAUUAUAUUGUAAUGAUUCUCCAUUUUAGUUAUCUUUAAAUUAAGUAACUAAUCCUAUGAUUAUUAAGUCCUGAAGAUUUGUUUGUGUACAUUUUACCAUUGUCAAUGCAUUACAUUCUGUAAGUCUUAAAGGCAUUCUAUUUUGACUAUUUAAAAAUGGAAUAUGAUAAAAAGACAAAUUUGAGAGGUAUAACAAGGUAUAGAAGAUUGAGAAAGGAAAUUGCAUCAGGGAAUAAGCAGUAAUAAAAUUAAUAAUAAAUUGAAAAUUUUUAAAAUUCAAAAGAACCAUAGAUUACAAUAACUAAACAAGAGAUGUAAAAAAAACCUCAUUCAGUUUAGUCAGUUAAGAGAAGGGAAAAGUUAUUACUUUAUGAGAAUAUAAAUUGGGAGCAACUUGAGGUAGGUGAUUUGAUUUAUUUAAAACGAAAUGAAGUAUCGCCAGCAGAUAUAUUAAUAAUCGAUGUUUCUGAUAAUAUUGUCGGAGUAUCCUCUUAAUAAUUAGAUGGAUAAACAAAUGAAGAAGCAAGACAACCUACUUAAUUAACAAUGUUAAAAAAUGGUAAAUAUAAAGCAUCAGGAUUUGAUUAUAAAAAGAUUUUGACAGGCUAAAUAUAAUUUGAUAAAGAUAAAGAUGAAAAUAUUUAUGGAUAUAUAAAAUUGAAAAAAGAUCCAAAAGGUGAGAAUUUUAAUAGAAAUAAUAUCAUUAGAAGAGAAGAACAAUUAAAAACAUGUUAAUAUUUAAUUGGAUUAGUAUUAUUUGCAGGAUAAAAUUGUAUUUGUUAUGAUAAGUUGAGAUAAGCAGAAAAAAAAUCAUUUUUUGUUUAAAAGUCAAGAAUGUUUUUUGCUUUAACAUUAACAAUUAGUAUAAUAAUAACAUUCAUAAGUUGGUUAAUAGCAUCUUUUGGUGUAUGUUAGGGUUCAUCAAGUGAUACUAUAUUUGAUUCAACAACUCUUAUAUUUUAUAUGAUCUAAUAUUUAAAGACUACUCCAAUCUAUUUUUAUAAUUGUGUAGACAUAAUAGAAAUGGGGUAUGCACGUUAUAAAUACAUUAAAUUUAAUUAGAGUAAAUAAUCAGAGAUGAGAAUCAAAGAGGGAAAUAGUAUUGGAGGUAUAAACAUUUAAAAUAUUUAACCAUAAAUAAAUUAUGAAUAAUUAAAUUCAGUUUCAAUUGGAGAUUUAGUAAUGACUGAAUAUGUAUGUUUUGAUAAAACUGGGACUUUAACUACAGGAGAAUUCAGAGUGAGAUCAAUAAUUAUUGAAGAUAUGAUGUAUAAAUUUGGUUAGAAGAAGAUUUAGAAUGGAUGGUAACUUUUUAAAGAGAAUUUCAGAUUAUAAUUAAAAUAAAAUCCUAACUUUAGAAUUUAAGAAUAAGAUGAAUAUUCUGAUGAAUAAAUUGCUAUUGAAUAAUAAUCAAAGAGCAGAAGUAAUGGUUUAAAAAAUACUAUAUCAGGUUUAUCAAAAUCUUUAGGAAAAUAAUAAACUUAAAAAUUUAGAUCCACAUUGCUUCAUUAAACUCAUUUGAGAGAUGAUGAGAUUAAUUUUAAUAAUAAAAUAUCGACAUUUUAGCCUUUACAAUAAUCAGCCAUAUUAAGUAAAUCUGAAUUAGAGAGUGCUAAUGUUAAAAAUUCUGAAGGUAACAAUACUGAAUUGAUUGGUUAACAUAUAAUUGAAAAUAUUAGACCUGAAGAUUUAGAUGAUACUCAUUGUAAAAUAACUCCUGAUUUAAAGGCAAAUAGACCUAAACCAUUUUUUAAUAAGAGUAUAAUAGUAAAUUAAUCUAUCUCAAUACAAUAAUCGCCAUCCUCAAGUCCUUUUGAAGAAAUUCAACUUAUGCCUUAAGAAGAUAAGUAAUCUGUAAAUAGUGAUAGAUACAAAAAACCUAGAAGUGAUAGUGAUGCUACAAAAAAAGAAGAGUAUAGACAUAUUAAAAAGUAGUCAUCAUUUGUUAAUAGAAAUAAUAGUAAUAAAGCUACUUUAUAAUAUGUUUAAAUGGAAGAAGAAAUAAAUGAAAUAGCAUUUUAGAAAGAUCAAGAAUUCUAUUAAAAACUAGUAUGUGGACCUUCUUAAAUAUUUUAUUAAGAAGCUAUUUUAUCUCUUCUAUUGUGUUAAGAAGUUGCAUCUAAGUUUACUUAAUGUGAUGAUUCAUUUAUUCAUGAUUCAACUUAACCUACUUUAGAUUCAGAAUUAAUGAGAUUUGCUUAUUAUUUUGAUGUUAAAUUUGUUUGUACUAAUGAAACAGGUGGUAAAAUAACCUAUGUCAUAGAAUUAUUAGGAGAAAUGUAGGAAUUCUAAAUUCUUUCUAUUAAUGACUAAAGUUAAAAUCAUCCUAGAUUAGGGGUUAUGAUAUAAUAUCCUGAUAAAUUAGCAGAAUAAUUUUAAUUCUUUAUUAAUGAUCAAGAAGAAGAAAAUGAAUUUAUAAAUUGUGUUUUAAUUGUUAGAGAAGAAUUCAAUCAGAUUCCAUCCUAUGUAGAUAUAGAUAAAAAUAGUAGAGAAUAUUGGGAUCGAGUAUUUACUAAAUUACAUAUGGCUGGAAUGAGAACUGUCGUUUAUUCCAAGAUUUAUCUAAGAGAAAAUGAAAAAAAUGAAUUCUUAGAUAAAUAUUCAUAAAUAAGAUUUUAAUAAUCUUAAAAUGAUUUAAUCUAAUUAUAUAAUGAAAUAGAAAAAGAUAUGUAAAUAAUGCAAGUCUUAGGAAUAAAAGAGAAAAUAAGACCAGAUUCAAAAUUAUUAAUUUAAUAAAUGAAAUAAGCAGAUCUCAGUUUAUUUUUAUUAUCAGGAGAUGAAAUCAAUAAAGUCUUACCUGUAGCUUAUAAGUCUGGUUUAUUACUAAAUACUGAUUAGCUUUUAUAUCUUGAUUCUGAUAAUGCAAAAUUAGUUAUUAAAAAUUAAUUAGCUUAAAUGGCAUAAUAACUUAAAGUACCUGAUCAAAAUAUGAAUAUAAGUAAUGUUCAAUCAAAAACAAUUCGUUUAAAUACAUUAAUGGAUAAAACUCAUAAGAGUAUUGAUAAUUAUUAUAAUCCAGAUACAUUUAAUUAAAAUAAAUCAGUAGGAAAAAACUCACAUAAUCAAUUUUAAUAGUAAUAACAAUAAUAAUAAUAAUAUGGAGAAAUUAGGGCAUAUUCGAUUGUCUUAAGUGGUGAAUAAUUUAAAAUUAUUCAAGAUGAUAGUGUUUUCCUAGCACAUUUAACAUUUCUUCUUUAUUUUUGCAAUUCCCUUAUUGCUUAUAGAUUUAAUGCUAUUUAAAAGGCUGAAAUAAUAAAGAUUAUUUAAACUUAAUUUUAAGGCAAUAAAAAAGUGUUAUCAAUUGGAGAUUCAUUUAAUGAUAUUUAAAUGUUUAGAUAAGCUAAUAUCGGAAUAUAAUAUUGUCAUUUACCAGCUUCUUAAUAGUAUCUAAAAUAAAUAACUAAAAGAAAACUCACCUCAAGAUUGUCAAUGAAUAAAAUAUUGGAAAAUCCUUUAAAAAGAUAAUAUAAUAUUAAAGAUAUAUAAAGAAUGGCAACUUCUGAUAUAUGUGUUAACAAUUUUGAAGAUUUAUGUGGAUUAAUGUUUUUUGAAAGUAGAAUAUUUGCUGAGGUCUAUGAUGAUUUAUUGGUUUUUUCAUUCUAUAGAUCUUUGUUAAUACUUUAUGCACUCUUUCUUAUAUAUUCUACAAACUGUUCUUAAAAUAAUUAACUUGUAGAGGGUAGUUGGUUGACAGUUUAUCAAAGUUUAAUGCUUUUUUUACAAUAGAUAUCAAGUUUAAUAUCUAAAUUAAAUGAAAACUAUCAUGGAGAUUCGAAAAUGUAUCAUGAAUAAUUUAAGAUCAACAUCAAAACUUUUAAAAAGAAGAAAGUCUUAUCAUUCAUAUUUAAAAUAAAUGGUAAUGCCUUAUUAGAUGCAGUAUUGCUAUGGUUGACGUGUUUUUCAUUAUAUUAUGGAAAUAUUCAAAUUGGAAUUAUAAGAUAAAUGUUAUUGAUUUUGUUAGUUGGAAGUGAUUUAGUAAAAUUGUGGGUUUCAUCAGUAUAAAAAGUAUUGGCUUGGAUUAUAUUGGUUUUUGCAUAUUUAUUAUGUUGGUUAGGAAUGUCUUUAUUGUCUGUAAAAUAUACUUUUGAUGAUAAUAUAGAAACAUUUGAAUAAUUAUUUAUAGAUCCUUAUUAUUGGUUUGUAUUUGUUUUUUAUAUUGGCGCUUAAUUAUGUUUAAGUAGUUGUAUAGAAGCAGUUCAACCAUUGUUUUGUUAAAGUCUAAUUAAAACUGAUUAAUGUUAUGAAGAAAUCUCAAUUAUUUCUUAAAAGGUUAAUACUUAAAAUAAUAAAGGUAAUUACAAAAAAUAUCAUAAUUUAAUUAAAAGAAUUGCUGUCAUUGCAGGUAAGAUAUUUAAAAGAAAUAAUGAUGAACUUGAUUUAUCGAUUUAAGAAAUGGUUUCUGGAACUAAUUUAAAGGUAAAUCAAGAUAAAGUCAAUCCUUAUACUUUGAAAUUUAUGAAUAAAGAUACAGAAAUGAAAUUUAAAAGAUUAUCAAAAAUUCUCUGGUUAAAAUUUGAAAGGUAUAAGUUAAUUAUAACUUUGGUAUUUUUAGAAGUAAUUGCUUUAGUAUUAUUUGUUGUAUAUAAUUUAGAGCAUUUCUCAACAGAAUUAUAUUUCUUAACAUAUAUCUUGGGAAUAGCAUUAUAAUUUGUACUAUUAUUUUUAGUAUGCUCAAAUAUAUAUCCAAAACAUUUCUUUUUCAUAAAUUUAUCAGUUGUGUUCAUAAGAUUUCUUAUAAAAUUUAUUUGCAAUUUAGGAACAACAUAAGAUGAAGGAAUUUAUGAAUUAUUGCUCACUUAAAGUUACAUAGUAGUAUUAUUAUUUUCAAGGAUACAUUUACCAAUCAUAAAUUUUAUAUUGUGUAUUUUAUAAGUAAUUGGAUUUAUUAAGAAAUACUCAAUUAUGGAAUUUUCUUAAGUAUAAAUAACAUAUUAUUCAUUAAUAAAUGGAGAAGUAAUUGUAAUAGCAACAAGUAUCUUAUUUAUGGCUUUAUAAUAUAAAUUAAUAAGAUUAGAAAGAGAAGAUUUUAUGCUUGAUGUGACUCUUAAUUAAGAAACAUCAAAAAUGACAAAUGUUCUAUCAAUAUUAUUACCAAAAUUUAUAAGAGAUAGAAUAAAUGCAAGUAUAUUAUAGUAAUAUAUAAAAUUUUAGAAGGAAUAUUUGAGAUAAGUGAGAAUUAGGGUAAUGUUUCAAUAUUAUUUUGUGAUAUUUGUGGAUUUGAUGAUUUGAUAACAGUUGAAAAGGAAAAUAUAGUAAAGAUUUUGGAUGGAUUGUUCAGAUCAUUUGAUUAAUUAUGUGCUUAGAAUGGAAUGUAGAAAGUUGAAACUGUAGGUAAAACAUAUAUGGCAGCAGGCGGUCUUAAAGCAGUAGAUUAAGGAACAAAGUUUUAUAAUUAAAAUUGUGUUAAAAGAGUAUUAUUUAUUAAUAUAAUCAUAAGGCUGUAUAAUUGUCAUUAGAAAUGAUGGAUCAUACUAGAAAGGUGAAAUAUGGAUAGAUUGGACAUUUAACAAUAAAAAUAGGAAUACAUUAUGGUAGAGUGAUAGCUGGAGUAAUAGGACAUCACAAACCUUAAUUCUCUUUAAUUGGUGAUACUGUAAAUACAACCAGUAGAGUAUGUUCAACAGGUUAAGAUGGAUAAGUUACUCUUUCAAAUGAAGCAUAUUAAGAAAUUAAUAUGCCAGAAUUAUAAUUUACUUAAAGGAAAGUUGCUGCAAAAGGUAAAGGUGAAUUAAUUACAUAUUAAGUAAGUAAAGAGAUUAAAAGAAAUACAGAUAAAAAAAAUAUUAAAAAAAAAGGAGUUAUUUUAAAAAGUGAAGAAUCAAACAACUUCAUCUUCUCACCUCAACCUUCAAUCUCAGGUAAUCUACCAUCUUCUGCAAAAUAAUCUUCAUCAUUUGCUUAAAAUUCAUUAAGAAGAUAAGAAAGCAUUUAAUGUAAUUUAUAAGAUAAUGUUACAUAUAAUGUGUAAAUUACAAAUACUAAUAAUGAUAUAAUGUAAUAACAUUCAUCUAAAUAAUCAAUUCCAGCAUAAUAGGAUUCCUCUCAAGAUGUCUCUAACAGACAGUAAUAACAGGAUCCAGUUAAAUAAUUUAAGAGAAAACAAAAUCAAAGAUAAACUAUACUUAUGAGAUCUAUGCCUUCCCAAUACUAAACUACAGGAUAAAUUAAAAUAGCUAGCAAUUAAAAUAUUUAAUUAGAACCUGAUUAAGAACCAAGUCAAUUAGAAAAAGAAUAAUUAGCCUCAUAUUUUGAAAAAUCUAAUCUUUUAUCAGAAAUUUCCUAAAAAUUAAGAAGAGAUCUUUAAAUAGAUGUUGUCGAUGAUUUUCCAGAUUAUGAUAUUGAAUAUGAUAAAAUUAAAGGUUAUUUAGAAGAUGACAAUAGUAAUGUGAUAAGUGAAUGUUUAUAAUUAGAGAAAAAAAAAUUAUAUCUUGGAUUUAAAGAUCAUCAAUAUUAAUUGGCUAAAGAAUUUACUGAGUAGAAUGCUGAAGGUAGAAACAUAGUAUUUAUUUCUAUAUAUUUGCAUCUUUUGCAAUAUCUUGCCAAAACCCUCACUCUUUUUAUUCUAUUACAAUAAUCAAUUAUAUCAAAUCCUUUUCUGAUUAUAACCAUUCGAUUAAUUGCAACUAUUGUACUUUUGGUUCUCGCAUUAUUAUAAAACAAGAAGUUAAAACAUAAGUUUUACUAAGGUUAAUAUUUUAUAGCAACUUAUGUGAUUCUAUUAUUUAGCAUCUUAUUAGAAUUUAUACUCCUUAAUAGUGAAGAAUUAUUUGAAUUAUAAGCAUCAGAAGGAAUCUUGUUAAUAUGUUUCUUUUGUUCCUUAUCUAUUGUACAAUUAAAACACAAGGUUGCAUUUUUAUUAUUUUUUUGUCUUGCUCAAAUAAUAAUAGUUCUAAUUAAAUUUAAUGAUUGGGCAGUGGCAUAUUAUACAAUAUAUUAAGGUAUUCUAAUGUUCUCAGUUUAAUACAAUAUUUUUUAUUAGGAUCUAAAUACAUUUAAUAAUAAGAGAUCUCUUGAAAUUAAAAAGACUUAAUCUGAAAAUUUAGUUAAAUAUUUAUUACCAAAUCAUAUCUUAAAACAAUUUUUAUCAAAUAAUUAAAGAGAAGUCUUAGUUGAGUAAUUAGAAGAAGCAACAUUAUUAUUUGCUGAUAUUGCAGGAUUCACAGAAUACUCUAGUAAAGUAGAACCUGAAUAAGUUGUUAAUAUGUUAAGAAAUCUAUUUACAGAAUUUGAUAAAAAAUGUUUAACAUAAAAUACAUAUAAACUUUAUACAAUUGGUGAUUGUUAUGUUGCAGUGGGAAUUAUUGAUAUUGGAUAAAGAAAUCCAGCACAAGAGGCUAAAAACGUUGUUGAAUUAGGAUUUGGUAUGAUUGAAAUUAUUAGAAAUGUUAGAUAGAUUAUUGGUUUUGAUGGAUUAGAUAUGAGAAUUGGAAUACAUACUGUAAGUCUUAUUUAAUAUUAUUAGGGUAAAGUAAUUGCAGGAAUUCUAGGUACAGAAAUCGUCAGGUAUGAUGUAUAUGGAGCUGAUGUUAUGAUUUCUAAUAAAAUGGAAUCCAAUGGAGAAAAAGGGAGAGUUUAAGUUUCAGAGGAAACAAAAAAAUUAUUAGAAGCAUAAUAUCCUGGUGCAUUUAAUUUUAUUCAUAACAAAUUAGUUGAAUUCAAAUCUAUUAAUAGACAAACUAAUGGUUACUUUGUGGAAACAUAAAAAAAUGAUUCUGGAUUUGAAGAUUCAAAUCAACCUAGUGAAAGAGAAUCAUUUAAAGUUUGA